AUGCCAAUAUUGAUUCAACGCGCACUUGGAGGUUCUGGAAAUGCCCUUAUAGACAAUGGAUUUUUGUGUACAGAACCAGGACUAAGAGUUUUGUAUGUGCAAAAGGCAAAAGACAACGCAAUCCCUCAUUAUCCUGCUUAUAAUGAAUUGACGAUCAAUCUUUGUGUCAGUAACUUGACAAACUUAAUUGUACUAUUUUAUAUUUUGGAGUCUUGUAGUUACAUUAGCACGUUUUGCCCGAAAUGUGACGUAGUUUUGUUGGGUACACAUCCAAUAGCCGAGUGUAGAGCUAAUCGAGGAAAGAAAAAUGUCCUUAACAUCAAUAAUUUCGAUAAAUUUGAUGAAGAAAUGAAAGGUGUGAUUAUUUCAUUCUUAAGUAAAAAUUACAAUUGUAAUGAACCGAUAGAAUUAGCAGACUCGUUAAGAACAUUUAUUGAAGAAUUGAACCAAGAUUAUCGCGAGAUUUUUCAAUCUUCAAUUCUAACCAUCAAAAAUGACGCAAAAAUAUUUAAAUUUGGUGGAAAGAUUUCGUGGUAUUUAGAACUAAUCAACAAAAACAUUCUAAUCACAAGAGAACAGCUUUUAAAAGACUUGCUGCUCGAAGAUGGAACUCACGCUUGUGAUGUAGACGAGUCAAUGAAUGCAGCAAAUGUUUAUCUUUUUCAUGCUGUUGAACAGGCUAAAUAA